AUCCCAUUCCGAUUGCAUCAAUGAAUAAAUUUGGCAACAGGCAACGGUUAGGUUUGAAAUUCCCUCCCCCUUCUUCUUCUUCGUCGUCUGGAAUUCUCUUAGCGAUCAAACGGUCACCAUUCAUCAAUUGAUUCUUGCUCACAAGUCCCGCAGCUGGAGUAAAUUACACUAUCACAAUGCCUACUGAAGCAAAUCCCAGCCGGUUGAAGGACUUCAAGAACAAAGGCAGAGAUGUUGAGGAAAUGAGGAGGAGACGUACAGAGGUGAAUGUUGAGUUGCGGAAAGCCAAGAAGGAAGAUCAUUUGUUGAAGAGACGUAACCUUGAAAUCGAUGAUGAGCCCCUCAGCCCACUCCAAGAACAGAAUCGGAUGGCUGCAGCAAAUAUGAGCAUUGAGGACAUAGUCAAUGGUAUCAACAGUGGUGAUGAGAACAAGGAGAUCACUGCAACCCAUGCUGCCCGUAAAAUCCUCAGCAGGGAACGUAAUCCACCCAUUGACAUCCUCAUUAAUGCAAAUGUUGUUCCGAAGCUGGUGGAGUUUCUCAGUCGUGUCAGCAACCCCGAUCUGCAGUUUGAGUCAGCCUGGGCUCUCACCAACAUUGCUUCAGGCACAUCUGACCAGACAAAGGCUGUCGUCAGUGCUGGGGCUGUCGCUGGCUUCAUUUCCCUGUUGGGGUCACCUCAUCCAGUUGUGGCAGAGCAAGCUGUUUGGGCUCUGGGUAACAUCGCCGGAGACGGACCAGAGCUUCGUGAUCACGUCAUCGAGCAAGGCAUUAUCAAGCCUCUGCUUACUUUGAUUAAACCUGAUACUUCGGCCACAUUCUUGCGUAAUGUCACUUGGACUUUGUCCAACUUGUGUCGUAACAAGAAUCCUCCGCCCAGUGUCCCUGCCGUCCGGCAACUGCUUCCCGCAUUGGCCCACCUGAUCCACAACAACGACAAAGAGAUCCUCGCCGAUGCUUGCUGGGCUCUUUCUUACCUCACCGAUGGCCCCAACGAACGGAUUCAGGAGGUUGUCGACGCCGGUGUCGUCCCACGGCUGGUCGCUUUGCUGGACCACGUUGAGGUGGCCGUGAUCACCCCCACUCUGAGAACAAUCGGGAAUAUCGUUACAGGAAGUGACAUUCAGACCGAUUCCGUCCUGGCUGCUGGUGCCUGCCCGUUGCUGGCCAAGUUACUCGUUCAUGCUAAGAUGAACAUCGUCAAGGAGGCUGCCUGGACCGUGUCCAACAUUGCUGCCGGCAAUGCCAUCCAGAUUCAGGCUCUCAUCACCAACAAUGUUAUUCGUCCGUUGGUGGAUGUGCUGGGCAAAGGUGACUUCAAAUGCCAAAAGGAGGCAGCUUGGGCCAUCACCAACAUCACUUUAGGUGGCAAUGUGGAGCAGAUCGCCUUGUUGUGCCAGUUUGGUGCCAUCGCUCCGCUGUGCACUUUGCUGGAGGCAAAGGAACCCAAGACCAUCUUGGUCGUGCUGGAUGGAUUGGCUAAUAUUUUGGCCGCAGCUGAGAAAAUGGGUGAAUUGGAGAAAGUUUCCCUUCACGUCGAAGAGUGUGGUGGUCUGGACCGCAUCGAAGCUCUGCAGAGCCACGACAAUGUUGAAAUCUAUCACAAGUCAUUGGCCAUUCUGGAGCAGUACUUCUCAACUGACGGGGAUGAAGAUUCCGAGUUGGCGCCAUCUACAUCGCAGAGUGGCAAUUACGAAUUCAACAACUCGCCAUCUCAAGCCCCCGAAGGAGGUUUCUCAUUCUAAAUUUUGUAUAAUCUAAAAAUUCUUUUUGAUUUUUUUCUGCCUUUACAACGGUAAAUAUAUUCUUCACUUUCUUGAACGCUAUCCUAAUCAUGAGUUUUGGCCUUUUCUUAUUUCAAAGUUUUUUUCUAAAUUGUUUUUUAAUUGAAAGUUGCCAUUUGCUUUCAUUUCUGUCCAUGCACGACGUCUUCUUUCCUCUUUCUCAAUGCGCGAUAAACGAGCAAUACAAAACAACUCGAUCAACUCUA